AUUUACUACACCGCCUGGACUCUAGACUAACUUCUGGACCUUUUAGUUUUUUGCCGGUAAAAUUUUGCACCAACUCACAAAAAUGCUCCUCAAAACAGGAAUGUCAGUAUGUCUCACUGCAAGACACUUCCAAUUAACAAGCAUGAUGAGGCUGAUGACUACAGCUGCUGCUACAAGCAGCAAGGCAAAUCUGGCAAAGCUGAGAAGGAAAACUGGAUUUAGUUUUGUAAACUGCAGGAAGGCCCUUGAGAAAUUCAGUAAUGAUGUUGAUCAGGCAGAAGUUUGGUUGAGAGAACAGGCCCAGAAAGAAGGUUGGAGUAAGGCUACCAAACUACAGGGAAGAGUUACAGCUCAGGGUCUCAUUGGGGUCAUGUGUCAGACUAAUUCUGCUAUUAUGGUAGAGGUGAAUUGUGAAACUGAUUUUGUGGCACGGAAUGCUAAAUUCCAGAAUCUUGUCAGCCAUGUAGCAUCUGCUGCCCUCUUCAGUAAAAAAGGCCAACAUGAAGAUCAGAACAUUUUAAAGCUUCCUCUGUCUGCUGAGGAUCUGAAGUCAUCCGUUGGUGAUGAUGGUAAAACAAUGGAAGACCUGGCAGCUCUGACGAUAGGUCAGGCUGGUGAGAACAUGUCCAUCAGGAGAGGACUAUACCUUGAAGCACCUCAAGAGUUCUUUAUUGGUUCCUACGUUCAUUCAGCCCUUCAAAAAUCCAAGGAAGAAAACCAGAGCAAGUGUACUAUGGGUAAAUAUGCCGCCCUCGUUGUCUUCAAGAAGCUAGGAGAAACAACAACGAAUUUCCGCCCAGAGGUGCUAGGUAGGAGGCUAUCACAGCAUGUGGUGGGGAUGAAUCCACUUAGAAUAGGGGUGUACUCGCCACCAGACCCUGAGGAUCUGAAGUCACAGGAGAUGGCUCAACCACCACAAUCUGACCAAUCUGAAUCUGACCCAUCUGAUGAACAUGCCUCCGUGCCAUCGUCUACGGAAACCGAGACAGAUGAGAUGGUGAAUCAGGAAUACUUAUUGGAUCCAAGUCUCACAGUUGGAGAACUAUUGCUUCAAGAAAAUGUGGAGGUCGUGGACUUUGCUAGGUUUGAAUGCGGUGAAUCCACAGGAGACAGCUGAGGAUUGAUCAAGGAUAAGAUUCAAUAGUUUUAAUCCCCUAGCACUGUUGAAAGUGUAAAGCAUUGAUAUAUUAAUCAAGAGCUUGACCUAAGAUUCAAAGAAUCUUUUAUUUGAAGGCUGUGACUGGUGGACUUUCAUGGUCCAAAAAAUAAAUGAAGUAAUAUAUGAAUUGUUCUAACAUAUGGAGAUUUCAAAUCAAUUGAACUUUAUCUGACAGGAAUGUCUUCUUCUAUUCAUGUUAUCUUGAAUACAAUAAUAUACUAUGCAAAGUGUCGAUGGUCGUACCUAUCAGUGACAGUUUGGCCUUCGCUGUAGAACUUUAAGUUCUUGAGAUUCGUUGUCUGAAAAUUACAUUCAAAGACAAGUAAACAAUUAAACACAUGUUUUCAUAGUAUUGUCCGGCAUAAACUGUUUUCCUAAUUAUUGUUUCCCCAUGACCUUUUGACAUACAGACUUUGAUUGGCUCUUCUGUAGUAAUAUGACCCAUGUGUUAGUACGCUGUCCAUAAUUAUGUUGGGUGACAAAUUUAUCUUUCUGUCCUACUUUGUAUAUAUGUUAUGUACAAACCCACGCAACCAAUAUACUUCUUCAUGAAUUGUUUUCUAAUUAUGGGUUUAUGAAAAAGAUGCUAUGCUGUUAGCACUACAUGGCGAUCGUGACAGAAAUCUAAAUUUCACCCCGUC